AUGGAUUCGGAUUCCGGCGAGCAAAGCGAGGGCGAGCCCGUGACCGCCGCAGGUACCGAGGGGAAGAGGAAUGAGGAAAUCUCUGAGGACCAUCUACUUUUUACCCCUUUCAAAAAACUUUUCCAAAGAUCUCAGCACCAGAAGAUCUCUGACCUAGCAACACCCUGCAUAGGAGGGGAAAGGGGUGGCCCCGAUGUGUUUAGUUCCAAGAGCCUUGCCCUUCAAGCCCAGAAGAAGAUUCUGAGCAAAAUAGCCUGCAAAACUGUGGCCAACAUGUUGAUUGACGACACCAGCAGUGAGAUCUUUGAUGAGCUCUACAAAGUCACCAGAGAGCACACCCACAACAAGAAGGAAGCCCACAAGAUCAUGAAAGACUUAAUCAAGGUGGCGAUCAAAAUCGGGAUCCUCUACCGGAACAACCAGUUCAACCAGGAGGAGGUUGUCGUCGUGGAGAAGUUCAGGAAGAAGCUGAACCAGACCGCCAUGACCAUCGUCAGCUUCUACGAGGUGGACUACACCUUCGAUAGGAAUGUGCUCUCCAAGCUCCUACAGGAGAGCAAGGACCUGGUGCACGAUCUGGUGCAGCGGCACCUAACACCCCGGACCCACGGGCGCAUCAACCACGUCUUCAACCACUUUGCUGACGUGGAGUUCCUCUCGACCCUUUAUAGUCUGGAAGGAAACUGUAGACCCAGCCUCAAGAGGAUUUGUGAAGGAAUCAAUAAAUUGCUAGAUGAGAAAGUCCUCUGAACAGUGCCCCUCCUCCUGGACUU